ACCUUCAAGGACAAGGUCACCAACGCGGCCCGGCGCCGCGCCGCCGCCGUCGUCAUCUACAACGAGCCGCGCUUCGGCAACGCCACCGUCUCCAUGUCCCACCUCGGAACGGGCAACACAGUAGUAAUUAUGGUUGGUUAUCCAAAAGGAAUAGAGAUUUUGGAACCAGUUCGAAGAGGAAUUCCAGUAAAAAUGACCAUUGGUGUUGGGACGCGACAUGUGCAGGAGUUCAUCAGUGGACAGUCAGUUGUGUUUGUAGCCAUUGCCUUCAUCACCAUGAUGAUUAUAUCACUAGCUUGGCUCAUAUUUUACUACAUACAACGUUUUCUGUAUACUGGGUCACAAUUUGGAAACCAGGGCUACAGAAAGGAAACCAAGAAAGUGAUCAGCCAGCUUCAGCUGCAUACUGUUAAACGUGGAGACAAGGGUUUAGAUGUUGAUGCAGAAAAUUGUGCUGUGUGCAUUGAAAACUAUAAACCAAAAGAUACUGUCCGAAUUCUACCAUGCAAGCAUAUUUUUCAUAGGAUAUGCAUUGACCCGUGGCUGGUGGACCACAGAACUUGUCCAAUGUGCAAGCUAGAUGUCAUCAAAGCUCUGGGAUACUGGCCUGGUUGGCUUUUGUUUACCUACUUUAUUCUGAAGGGUGACCCUGAAGAUGCAUUUGAAGUUCCAAUACCUGAAUCAAUAAGUGGCAGUGUUUCCCUUGGAAGUUUGAGCAUUGCUUUACAAGAAGAUGACCAAAAUGAAUGGGACAAGAACAAACUACCACAAGUUCAUGUUAUUUAUCCUGCUUUUAAGAAAUGGUGGAUCAAGUGCAAAAAUACAUGGAUGGCAGUAAUAGUCGGCAUGGAGAACACCUUUCUAAUGGAAAUUCCCACUGAAUGGCUUCAUUGAAGACAUUUUUAAAUUAGACUGUGAAAGAACUACUUUAUUUUUUAUUUAAUUAGUAUGAACUUUUGUCUAGUUGGAAAAAUAACAAUGUAAAUUGUUUUACCUUUCAAACUUUUCUAGUUUGUGUUCCAAAAGGGCUAACAAGACAAUUUUGUAUGAAGAGGAUUUUUUUUUUAAUUUCCUCUGUCUGUUGAUCCUAUGAAAGAUGCAAUAACCCUGUUGCUGUAACAAUUACUACAGAAUUGUACUCCAGGGGACUCAGAAACUAGGAAGAGAGAACAGACUGUAAAAAGUCUAAUAUAUUGGGUACAUUGUUUACACUUGGCAUGUAGAUACAAUUGAGCACUUACAGCACUACAUUUGAUUAAAUCAUACUUUAAAAAUUCAGAUUAAAAUUUGCUGCAACUAGAGGUGGAUGGCUUUCUUUAAAUAAUCUCUCACUAUAGAUUAGACAGGAAUCAAGUUUUGGGGUAUUACAUUUGAUGAAAAAAAUCUAUUUCAAUUUUACUUAUAAAUAAAGACUGAUAGCUCUUACAGUGUAUUCCACCUCAGAGCAGAAUACAUGCAUUUUCCAUCUCAUUGACUUUUAUACUGAACUGGUCAGUAACAUGUUGGUUUUUAGUACCUGCUGGACAGUCUUGACAUGCUGAGCAUAUAGACUUACUCAGCAUGUGCAUCAGUUACCUCUUUUAAUCUUUAACUCAGUUAAAUAAAUAGAAAAGGGCUAACUAUGGCUAGGAAAUGUAUUUAUUAAUCUAUUUAUAAGAUUUCAUGGAUUUCCCUUUUAAGCCCCCCUUAUUCCUUAUGCACACAUUGGAAACAAGAUCGAUAUAACAUUAGAGGGUUUUGCUCUUUGUCCAAGAAGCUAAACAUUUUUCUUGUGGGCAUUUCCCAUUUAAUAGUUUAAAUGGAUUUGUCACUAGUUUUUAUUCCUUUGCUAGAGUAGCAGUAUUGUGCCUUAUUGGAAAGGGCAGGGGGCACUAAAUCUGAAGCACCAGACUAAAUAAAAACCUCUACAUCUUCA